AUGUCGUUAGUAGCUAUGUUGGCAUUACUGUUAGUUUUAUUUCACAAUGUUGAUGUUUUUGCUUUCAAUUCUUCAUCUUUAACUUACGAAGAACAGUCACAAAUAACAGUGGAAGUAAAAUCUCUUCUAACAUGGAAAUCAAACCUUGUUAGUCGAACCCAAUCUCCACUCGAUUCUUGGAAGAGAGGUUCUACUUCUAGUCCAUGCAAGUGGUAUGGGUUCACUUGUAACAACAAGAGAAGUGUCACGAAACUAAGUUUAUCAGGUUUACGAUUACAAGGUACGCUUGAUAGUUUCAACUUUUCAUCAUUUGCCAACUUGGUUAGCAACAAUACUCUCUCUGGGCUCAUUCCCUCUAAAAUUGGUAAUCUUUCAAAACUGACUGAACUUAAUCUUUCCAUGAAUUAUUUUACCGGUCAUAUUCCAGUAGAAAUUUGUGUUCUUACGAAUCUGCAAACUUUACGCAUUUCUGAGAAUCAAAUUAGUGGGUCCAUCCCUCAGGAAAUAGGCAAUUUGCAUUUACUCACUGGUCUAGGAUUUUAUACAAAUAAUCUUACUGGUCCAGUUCCUACUUCUAUAUACAAUCUGACCAACUUGAUCAUAUUCUCACUUUACGAUAAUAGCCUUUCUGGUAUCAUUCCUCAGGAAAUGGGAAGGUUAGCAGCGUCUUUAAUAUUUUUGGUAUUGUCCGGUAAUCAUCUCAGUGGUUCAGUCCCAACUUCUAUAUGUAAUUUGACUAACCUAAUAGUUAUAGAUAUUAAAAAUAAUCAAUUAUCUGGUACCAUUCCUCGAGAAAUUGGAAAACUAACGCCUCUGACGACAAUUGAUAUGUACGGUAAUAAUUUUAUUGGUUCAAUCCCCAUUUCUCCAUGUAAUCUGAGUAGUCUGAAAGGUGUAUACCUGUUCCAAAAUCAACUUUCUGGUGCUAUCCCUAGAGAAAUCGGAAGACUGAAGUAUCUUGUUGACCUCGAUGUGUCUAGAAACAAUCUCAGUGGUCCAAUUCCUACUUCUGUAUGCAACUUCAGUAACAUUCAUAGGCUAGUCCUUUAUAAAAAUCAACUUUCUGGUCCAAUUCCUCGAGAUAUAGGAAGACUUGGGUCUACUAUAAUUCGCUUAACUUUGAGCAGAAAUAAUCUUAACGGUCCAAUUCCUUUUUCUUUGUUCAACCUCAGCAAAUUAAAUGGCCUAGUCCUCCAUUCUAAUCAACUUUCUGGUUCUAUUCCUCCAGAAUUAGGAACGCUAAAAUAUCUUAUAGUCAUUUCACUGUCGGAAAAUAAUCUUGUUGGUCCAAUCCCCACUUCUAUAUGUUCAGAAAAACUUGAUCUUAAAUCUUUCGAAAGCGAAGUUCAUGCACUGACAGAAAUUCCGCAUAGAAAUAUUGUAAAACUUUUUGGUUUCUGUUCUAGUUUAGAGCGGCGAAUUUCAUUUUUGGUUUAUGAGUUCGUGGAAAGAGGGAGUUUGAAAAGUGUUUUGAGUGAUGGGGAACGAGCAGUGGAGUUCGAUUGGAUAAAGAGGAUAAGAUUUAUUCGUGGAAUAGCUAAUGCACUUGCUUACAUGCACCAUGAUUUCGUACCGGCAUUAAUCCACAGGGACAUAUCUAGCAACAACGUUUUGUUGGAUAUUGAAUACGAAGUUCUCGUUUCUGAUUUUGGUGCUGCUAGGAUUCUAAAGCCAGAUUCAUCCAAUUGGACUUCGCUUGCAGGAACCUACGGAUAUAUUGCUACAGAGCUCGCUUAUACAAUGAAGGUAACUGAGAAGUGUGACGUUUAUAGCUUUGGUGUAGUCAUGUUAGAAGUACUGAUGGGCAGACAUCCGUCUGAAAUCAUCACAUCACUAUCUAAUGUUCUUCUUCCGUCAUCGUCUUCGACUAUCAAUACUGUGGAGCAUAAAAUAAGGCUGAAAGACAUCUUGGACAGGUGCAUUGGAGAGCCAACGGACGUUGUAAAGAAAGAAAUAAUGUACUUUGUGAAGGUUGGAUUUUCAUGUUUACGUGGUGAUCCACGUACUCGACCAACUAUGCAAGAAGUAUCGAUGGAGCUAUCUUUAAUAUCAACUUCGAGUAGGCCAUCUUUUGCGAAGUCCUUUGAAACGAUUGCACUAGAAGACCUAUUGAUAACUUCCUAA